AAGGAUGAGGAGGAUGAGGAGGAAGCUGAGGAGGAUGACGAGGAAGGUGGAGGAGGAUGAGGAGGAAGCUAAAGACUGAUGAGAACUUUAAAAUGCACAGAAAUAAUAAAAUAAAAGCUUCAUUAAUAACUUACAUUAAAUACCCUGAUUAAAACUUGUAAUAAUAACUGUAACAUAUUUAAACCUUCUGGACAGGGCUGCAUCUGCUGGUGAGAGUUGAGGAAGACGAGUGAACGAUGAAGAACAUUCAGGUUCUGUCACCGCUGAAGAUUUACAGACGUCUGAUAAACUUCUCGUCUCUUAAACACAGUUUGACUCUCAGUCUCUUCGACAGGAGGUCAAGCUGUGAAGUUGACUCAGAGCCUAAAGUUACAUUCCCACUAUUUCAACAUCUGGUUUUAAGUUACACCCUCGAGUUUAAACACUCGCCCCCCCCCCUUAUCUUUGAUUCUUUGAAUGUGUGAACCAUGAGUUCCUCUCAGUUAUUUAAUCAUUGACUGUUGCUGGUCUCAUGUUCAGUACUUCUAUCAUUUAUUUUGCUUCGUUGACUCAGAAUCUUUCAGUUGAGCUCGUACAGAUUUCAGAGAAAUGAAGCGUUUGAAGAUUCUCCAGGAAAUGACAUCACAGGAAGUGAAAAUACCAAGCAAAACACAUGAGGGACAUUUGUACUGCAGAGGUCAGAGGGUUAAAAAGCUCAAAGAAGAGACGAAGAUCUCGAUGUUUUCUCAGAUUUCAGUGAUGAUUGUGAGUUUCUUCAAAGUAGAGAGACGUGAAGGAACCAGAGCAGAGUCCAUUAGAAAGAAUCAGCUGCAGCUCAGUACAAACCUCCACCAAUCACUGCAGCUGCUGAGAACCAGAUGUUUUUAAUGAGAGUCACCUUUAAAAUCCACAUAUCGAUUUGACAUUUUAAAAGCGUAAAGCAACGUGUGGAGGUGGAGCAGCCGUCGGGUCCUGGUGCUGCAGUUUGUCUCGUUUCUCAAUCAGGAGGCGAUUUGUUCUUUUCUAGGAAGCGUGUUCCAUCCCAGUGGAACUGGUAAUGACAGUGAGGAGCUGCUCUCUCAUUACUGUCAUCACACACACUCUGGAAUUCUCUCCAACGUAUAGUUUCACAGCGUCUCUCCACAGGGGAAUUCCAUCUGAACACCGACGUUCACAGACAUGUUCCUCAGCCUCACAGCUCGUUCAGCUGCUGAUGACUCUACCAGUCAAUUAAUCAUCUUCAUCUUCAUCAUCAUCAUCAUGGGGUGAUCCGGCUUCACUCGUAGGAGCCGUCAUGUCGUCCAUCUUUACCUUCACUGUUCUGAUUAAACGUUGAGUAAUGAGGGUGGAAGUUUGACUAAGAGCUGUGUGUGUGUCUGUGUGUGUGUGUCUGUGUGUGUGUGUGUGUGUCUGUGUGUUUAAAUGUAUGAGAAAUAGAGAAACAGACAAACACAAUUGUUCAGCAAACCACAUCCUGUGUGUCAAGUCAGGUGCAGACACACAAACACACAGAGAUUCAGUAACAGGAAAUCAGUGUGUGUCUUUCACAGUGAAGGGUGCGGUUAUCAACAACACACGGACAAACACACACACGCACGCAUCAGACAACUCCGCCAAGCGUCCCUCCUCAGUCUCGUCUCUGAGUGGGAUUGUGGGUAGGAUGAUGUCGUCCGGCGAACGAGGAGCCUCGUCCUCCUCCUGCACCUCCGUCAACACCGUCUGCUCAGAUGGCGAGCGCCCCCGCCUCCCUCUCCUCCUCCACCUCCUCAGCCUCCCUGCAUGACGCUUCCCACUCCUCCUCCUCUUCCUCCUCUUCCUCACUGCCAUACGGCGCUGUCCCCGGCCUACAACGCCUCCUCGUCCUCCUUGUCCUCCUCUACACCACAACGGAACAGCUCGGACAUCAGCCUGGACCUCACUCCCUUGGUCACGCCACAAGGAGGAGGAGCUCCCGGAGGUGGUGUCAGUGUGGCCAGGGCAUCGGGAGGAGGGCCCCCUGUUAAUGGGCACCUAGCUGAUGCUAAUGCUAAUGCUAAUGACGCGGCGGAGGCAGUAGCCACGCCCAGGCGGCUGUCGCGGCUGGAGAGAGUGGUGAUGGAGAUCGUGGAGACGGAGCAAUCCUAUGUCCGAGAUCUGAAGAGCAUCGUGGAGG